AAAGCCUACGUUAUUAGUCACAUACUGACGCAGAUGUUUCUCAAUCAAACGAAUAAACUACAGAUAUUAUUCAAAAUAAUGAAACAUAACUCUCAUUCUAAUAUUUGACAAUUGAACAAACUAUAGAAUUACUCAAAAUAAUGAAACAUGACUGCUAUAUUCGUUUAUGAAGACGCUAAGAAGAAAUAAUAAAUAUAUAAAGUAAUAAUAAAAUAUAGAAUUAUCAUCACAGCAGAGAAGAGAACAGAAAUUUCAAAAUGGUGCACAAUACGGUAACGAAAUCGACAUCAUCACCGGCCAAUGACGCGCCGAAAGAAGACAAAUUUGCAAAGCUCGUCGGCCAUUUUGGAAAAUGGCAGUUUGUCGUUUUUUCAUCUGUAUUUUUGGUGAAACUGUCAUCUGGAUGGGUGCAAAUGGCAAUAUUAUUUCUAACACCUAACUUCACGUUUUGGUGUACUGGAUUCGAGGAUAAUUCAACAUUAGAUAUAAAAAAUAUGACUUGUUACAAAAACUGUAUAGAAUAUGACUACGAUACGAGUCCAUUUGAAAAUACAAUAAUUUCGGAAUGGGAUUUGGUUUGCGAGAGAAACUGGCUGGCGAGUUUCACACAGACGAUUCUGCAGUUGGGCAUUUUGAUUGGAAGUAUCGUGUUUGGCUUUCUGUCUGAUAGGUACGGCCGAAAAAACACGUUCCUUGCAUCAAUAAUAAUUCUAAUUGCAUUCUCAUUUGGAGUACCCUACUCGCCAAAUUACACGAUAUUCACGGUGCUACGCUUCUUUGUGGGAUUCGGCACAGCAGGCACCAUGGUCAUCUCUUUCGUCAUCGUUAUGGAAACCAUCGGACCCAAAUACAGGGAGAUAUUUGGCUGUGUGUUCCAGAUACCGUUUGUGCUCGGCCACAUGAGUACACCACUGUUCGCCUACUACUUUAGAUCUUGGGACACCUUUGCGUUAUCUAUAGCAGUGCCACAGGUUAUAUAUUUCGGAUAUUUCUUCCUGUUGAGCGAGUCCCCGAGAUGGUUGAUAAGUGUCGGCAAAGUGGAGGAAGCAACGAAAAUCGUGAAGCAAGCUGCAAUUAUGAAUAACCGUCCUACUGAGAAAAUAGGAGAGACCUUAACGAAGCUGUCGGAAGAUAUGCUCACAAAGACGGACGAGCCCAAGUUGAACUACGCCGAUCUGUUCCAAAGCUCAAUGAGGCGACGGAGCCUCUGCUGCUGCAUCAUGUGGCUGAUCAUAGGGACCAUGUACUAUGGAUUUAACCAGUACAUCAGUCAGACAAGUUCUGACACGUUUGUCAGCGUUGCUGUAGCUGGUGCGAUACAGAUACCAUCAAACUUAAUAGCUAUUUGGUUUAUAAAGAAAUUUGGCAGAAAGAAAACAAUAACAACAGUGUUCAUCCUCGGAGGUACAGUCAUCAUUGCACUAGGAUUUGUACCCAAGAUAUACUGGUUAACCUUACUUAUGGGUACACUAGGCGUUAGUUGCGCAGGCGCAGCGGCAACCACCAUAUAUAUUUACACCACAGAACUAUUCCCAACAGUUGUAAGAAACAUGGGUAUGGGUGUUUGUUCUACUUCAAUGAGAGUCGGCUCUAUGAUCGCUCCAUUCAUCUCCAACUUGUCUAUGACAACAACAUGGCUGCCAACCAUUAUAUUCGGCGGUGCGGCCAUUUGCGCGGGAUUUAUUGCUCUUCUACUGCCAGAGACAAAAGGCAAAACAUUACCUGAUACUAUAGAUGAUAUUAAAUCAAGUUGAGGUUAUUAAAUUGGUAUGUAAAUUUCUGAAAUGAGGGCAUGAAUGAAUACAGUCCACAAAUAUGGAUUUAAUUUGUUGUAACUACAUGUAGAGUUACAACAAUUUUUUGCUUUUAAAAUACAGACUGAAAAUAUAUUGACUGCGAACGAAAUAAUUACGAGUUUUAACACAACACAAAAAUGAAUAUUAUCAAAGACAUUGAGGUUAUUAAAUUGGUAUGUAAAUUUCUGAAAUCUGAGCCUGCUACAGUCCACAAAUAUGGAUUUAAUUUGUUGUAACUUAGAGUUGCCAACAGUCCUCUUUUCCCAAGACAUGUCCUAGUUUUUGCAGUAUCCUGGGAAGUCCUGAACAGUUAUUCGGCAGCGUCCUGGGUUUUUAAAAUAUGCGCGCCUCUUAAUUCAUCAUCAUCGCAGACGUCCACUGCUGGACAUAGGCCUCCCCCAAAGAUCUCCACGACGAUCGGUCCUGCGCUGCUCGCAUCCAAUGCCUUCCAGCGAUCUUGACCAGAUCGUCGGUCCACCUUGCUGGAGGCCUUCCCACGCUGCGUCUUCCGGUCCGCGGUCGCCACUCGAUGACUUUACUGCCCCAACGGCCAUCUGUCCUACGAGCUAUGUGCCCUACCCAUAGCCACUUCAGAGUCGCAAUUCUU